GGUUAAAGGAUGAGAGAGGGAGGGGUCUGACUGGAUGGGUCCUUAAAAAAGGAGAGCAGGAAGCGGUAGAACUCAACUCACAAACAGAGCGCUGACAUGACCAGACUGCAGGAGACUAUCACCAUGGCGAUGUUGACCCUUCUACUGCUUCUCAGCGCUGCCUUUACACUGGGCGACAUAAUGACUGCGAACAUAGCAAAUGAUUUGGUGAAAUUUGCAGCAGACAAAAGAAACCCAUGCCCCAGAGGCUGGUUCCAAUUUAAUUCACGCUGCUUCAUGUUUGUCAAAACUGCAAUGACAUGGCCCAAAGCAGAGCGCCACUGUCAGUUACUUGGAGAAAAACUGGAACCUGUGCGCAACACUGUAAAGUACCUUGGCGCAAACCUGGCAUCUGUGCACAGCUAUGAAGAGUUCCGAUUUCUACAGGCGGUGGUGUUGAUCAAUACUGGCAGUUUCCCUCUUACCUGGAUUGGCGGAUAUGAUGCUGUUCAGGCAAAGGUGGAAAAGGACAGGCUAUGGUUCUGGAGUGACGGCUCCAAAUUUGAUUACGAGAGCUGGGCUGAAGGGGAGCCGAAUAACCACUAUGGUGCCAGAGAGCCAUGUAUUCAGAUGAACUUUGGAGCUGAAAACGGCUGGAACGAUGAAUCAUGUGGGAAGAGCUAUCCCUCCGUGUGCUCCAUAAGAACCUGUUUAAUCCUUCAAACUAUCAAUUGAAACCAAAAAUGCUACGCCGGUGUCAGCAUCCUAACUGCAAAUGUUAUGUAGUUAUUGUUUCUUGUCAAUAAAACAGGUGUCUGUAUUUAAUCUCAUGAGUCGUAAUUAAACAUUGAUUCACUUUGAA